AUGGGUAACAUAUUCCGUAGACAUGAGAUGCCAAUGAAUCCAAUUCAGCAAGUUGAGGUGUUCGAUGUCUGGGGAAUUGAUUUCAUGGGUCCUUUCAUCAGUUCUUACGACAAUAAGUACAUACUUGUUGCGGUAGAUUAUGUAUCCAAAUGGGUGGAAGCUGCAACAUUCCCCACCAAUGAUUCGAGAGUGGUGGUGGGGUUCUUGAAAAAGAAUAUAUUCACCCGAUUCGGGAUCCCGAGAGCCAUCAUUAGUGACGGAGGCACGCACUUUUGCAAUCAUGUCUUUGAGAAGUUGCUGGAUAAAUAUGACGUGUACCACAAGGUGGCGACCCUGUAUCACCCUCAAACAAGCGGGCAGGUAGAGGUCUCAAACCGUGAGAUCAAGAGUGUGCUUACUAAAACUGUAAAUGCCACAAGAACUUAUUGGGCAAAAAAGCUUGACGAUGCACUCUGGGCCUAUAGGACUGCAUUCAAAACACCUAUUGGUAUGUCACCGUACAAGUUGGUAUUUGGGAAGGCCUGUCACCUGCCUGUGGAGCUAGAACAUCGAGCUUGGUGGGCACUAAAGCAAUUGAGCAUGAACCCUGAUGAGGCUGGAGAAAAUCGACUGACAAAGUUGCAUGAGUUGGAGGAAUUCAGAUAUCACGCCUUUGAAAGCACGAGACUCUACAAGGAAAGAAUGAAGAGGCUGCAUGACAAACACAUUGUGGACAGAAAUUUCAAACCUGGAGAUAAGGUAUUAUUGUACAAUUCAAGGGUGACCGAAGUGUUCCCGUCUGGGGCUGUGGAGAUAACCAGUGAAGAUAGCAUUAACACCUUCAAGGUUAAUGGACAACAACUCAAACUGUACCAUGGCUCCAUCGAAGAAACGCCGCACCAACGGUCCAUCUCUAGAAGACAAGCCAGCUCAUCCAGGACACGCGAGGCUUCCCCUGAACGCCCUUUUGAUAAUAACAAAUUUGUCUCGGCUAAAGCCCAGGACCGCUUUGCUGAGAAGGCUUCUAAAAAGCCAAUUCCUGAGAGGGGUAUUGACGUCCGAUCGCUCCAGCGAAAUUGCCCUCACAUGUACGAUGAGCUGAUGGGACGGGGGCUACAAACAUUCAUUAAUGAGCCCGGUGAGGGUAAUGUAAUGGUUGUGAGGGAAUUUUAUGCCAACGCGCCUGAGCAUGACAAUGGCAUCGUCACAGUACGACGGAAAGCGGUGAAUGCCUCUGUUGAGGCGAUAAGGACGACAUACCAGCUACCCCCUCCUGUGAUUGAUUAUGAUGACUUUUAUGAGUAUGGCCGUAACCCAACACAAGAAAAGUGGUAG